AGGUUGUUAAACUAGCGAGCUGACCAAGUGAAGCGACUCAUCAACUGUUAUAGCUUUAGAUAGUGUUUAUUAUCUCUGUCUUCUUCGGCCGACCUCUUCCGCUUUUCCUGUUUUUGAGACUGCAAUCCUUUUGCAGUUUUGGUUCCCGAACUGCUUUUCUCUGUUUGCAACUGUAAGUGUCUAUUAAGGAUGGCGGUUUCUGCAAUUGGGUUCGAAGGUUAUGAGAAGAGGCUUGAAUUAACCUUCUAUGAACCAAGCAUCUUUCUUGAUCCCCAAGGGAAGGGUCUUCGAUCUCUGUCCAAAGCCCAACUGGACGAGAUUCUUCAACCAGCUGAAUGCACUAUUGUUGCCACCCUUUCAAAUGAGCAUGUUGACUCCUAUGUUCUUUCCGAGUCUAGCCUCUUUGUUUAUCCUUACAAAAUCAUCAUUAAAACCUGUGGAACUACAAAGUUACUUCGUUCUAUCCCACCUAUCCUUAAGUUGACUGAGACCCUUUCCCUUGCUGUAAAAUCUGUGAGAUACUCUCGUGGGAGUUUCAUUUUCCCUGGUGCACAGCCUUUUCCUCAUCAUAGCUUUGUUGAAGAAGUUGCCGUCCUUGAUAGCUAUUUUGGGAAGCUUGGUUCAGGAAGCAGGGCAUAUGUAAUGGGCAAUUCUCAAGAACCUCAGAAAUGGCAUGUUUACUCUGCUUCUGCUGAUACGGCGUCCUCUGUCGACCCUGUUUACACCCUAGAAAUGUGCAUGACUGGUUUGGACAAGGAAAAGGCUUCUGUGUUUUACAAAGCUCAAUCAAGCUCUGCGGCCCUAAUGACUAUCAACUCUGGCAUCAGAAAGAUCCUCCCAGAUUCUGAAAUUUGUGAUUUUGACUUUGAUCCCUGUGGUUAUUCCAUGAAUGCUAUUGAAGGAGCUGCAGUUUCAACCAUCCAUAUCACACCUGAAGAUGGCUUCAGCUAUGCGAGCUUUGAAACCGUGGGGUAUGAUCUGAAAGACGUGAAAUUCGAGCAGCUGAUAGUGAGGGUUUUAGCUUGUUUCCAGCCGAGGGAGUUUUCCAUAGCUGUGCAUGCUGAUGUUGCUUGUGGAUCACUAGAGGAAAAUUGUUCACCCAAUGUAAAGGGAUACUCUUGCGGUGAAAGUAGCUACAAAGAGCUCGGAAUGAGUGGUUCCAUUGUCUGCCAUAAGUUUGUUAGAACUAACGACAGCUAUGGUUCUCCUCGAUCAACGCUGAGCUGCUGCUGGAAAGAGGAAAAGGAAGAAGAAGACUAUUACGGCGGCUAAUCAAUUCUCUUAUGGCCUGCAUCUUUUGACUGAUUGAUUUAUGAAUAAUUGCUUAAUGCAUCGUCCGACGUAAUAUUAGCAAUGAAGUUAUACGUGUUCCUGCUGUUUAUCUAGUGGUCUUAUAACAGACCAUAGUAUUAUUUCUUGGUCUAUUUUCUCUGGCUGCAUAGCAAGUGUCUGAUUGGCUUGAGUCAUUGGACACGAGUUAGUAAUUGUUGCCUCAUGGUUGUUAGAGUCUAGUAUUAAGUUUUGUUUGUUCUAGUAUAUUUUAAUUUGGAUAAUUCAAAUGUAUCGGCUUCGACCAAAAUAAACCAUCAUUUAUAAGUUAGUUAUCUAA